AUGACCAUACACUCAUGUUCCGCCGAUAUUCUGUCGCUGCAUGACACAGCUGCUAGGGAUUCGGCUGAUCAGUGAGUCCCACAGUAUUAUCCGUUUGCCUUCUGGUAGAUACUUCAUUUUAGAAAUUGUUGCUUUUGACUUUCCUCAGAAAUUAACUGCGAACUUUGAGUUGAUCAGCAUAUUAAGCGCAUACUAAACUUUUUAUGUAUGAGAACCGUCGAGUGUACUACUUGCCGUUACGACCACAUUAAUAAAGAAAUAUUUCAAUCAGAAGACGGAGUGGCGAGUAUACGUAGAUUUCGAUAACUUCUCCUCGGGCCAAGUUUAUUGGAAUGAAAAUUGCCGAACGACUUGUAAAUCCCACCACACCGACUGCCAAAAAGAAAACUCUGUUCUUCAAAGUCCCUUUUCAAGAGGACGAUUCAAGUGAACUCCUAAAGAGACGCCUUGAUCAAGCUGUUUUGCGAACAUUCCGAGCAGCAAGAGUUCAAAUAUCCAUCUCUAUUAACCCUAUUUUACGCGAAGAAGGUACAGUAGGUGGGCUAACUCAUAAAAUGUCAACCAAAAUUCCGAAAUGCGUUUUUGUUUCGAAAAGAUAAAUUAAGUAAGUUUGUAUAACCAAUCAUCGGGCAACACAAUACUAUAAUUAUUCAGUUAGCUCAGAAUCUUGGCUUUCGAAUAAAGUCCUUUGUGGUUGCAUGCCAAAACUAUACUUUGUAAAAAAUGACUACUUAUAUGGCAUGCAUUUUUCUCACCAAUUUUCGAUGCUCUUAAAAAUUCAAUUAUAUUUCAUGGAAAACAUGCAUAAAAAUAUUUCUUCUUUUGCUUAUUCGAUGAAAAAUUACGUCUUUUUCCACUUUUAUACUCUAAAAGGGUAUAAAAACGGUAUAAUGCAGGUGGGAAAAAUGAUUUAGAAAAAGAUAAUUCACAAACAGUUCUAGUUUUUUUGGCUUGAGUGAAUUCCGUCUGGCAGAACAAUUCAUCCACAAACCCGGAUGGGACCUACAGGCGCGGUCAUUCAAAGGUAAUCGAAAUCAAAUUACUAGAGUCAAAUUAUGAGCUUCAAAAUGCAUCGCAGGGGGAAUAUGCUUAAUCUGGUUAAAGCGCGUGGUCUGUAACUACAGACGAAAAAUGUUCUGAAAGCACAGUCCGGUUUCUUGUUCUGCGUCAACAUUUAGCGAACUUGAUAUUAGAUAUCACCAAGUAAGUUGAAAUAUGUUGGGAGUUGCAUGCAGUCCCCCAAGGUUGCGGGGAAAAGGAGGCAAAGGGGAUCAUAUGCAGCAUUUUUCCGUGACUCAGUUAAAUGUCUCUGAUCUGAGUGUUUUACCUUUUGUUCCGAAAUACGGUUAAAGGGUAGGGAGAAAACGAUUGGUUCUUCCAGGCCGCUGAAAGCAGAAAAUGACAGAAUUUCAUAAGGACCCUUACAACUCGAAGUGACUGCAUAAACGACAUUAUGAUAGAUGCCCACUAUGGAGUAGAUUACUCAGCACACAGCAAAACACUGGAUUGCUAAGCGUAUUUGCGUCCGCCAAAAACGACGGCGUAAGUGGAGAAUGGCAUACCCGAACAGCUCCGAAAAUCCUUAAUAUAAAGCGUGUCAUUGACUGCUUGAAUGGCAAGAGUGUUUUUAUAGUUAUUCGGAUGUGAAGACGGAGACACGAUCGCUGGGACAAGAGCUAUACUCGCCUGACGUUUCGGAUUCCUGCGAUCGAACCCAUCAUCAGAGACAAAAGCAGAUACGGGGGUUCAUGCACAAGGGGCUACAGUAUUUAUACGAUGCAGUCGCUUUUGCUACCGCAUACCUAUGAAUAUUCACGUCCCUCCCUCAGUCCAUCAGGGACCGUUGCACUUGGUGUGAUGACUGUUUGAUGGACGACAUUCACGUCGUUCACUGCAGCAAUUUCAUCACGUGUGCUGGAGCUUGGUGUGAUGGUUGCUCGACCAUCUGACCCACCGACCCUGACGUUGGGAAAAACGUUCACUUGUGCGCCCCCUUGCGUGGCUAAUUACUCCACCUAGGCGAAGUCUCAGCAGCGAGUAUGAAAGGGGAAGGUCGUUGCACUGGUUAAUGGACUGGGGGUCAGGGAACCACGGCUUGAGCAGAUCGCAGCUCACGCGGUUUUCACCUCUAAUGAGAAUCUCGGCCUCGUCGAAUUUGAAUGUGUGACCGGAUCUCGUCGAAUGAGCCGCAACCUGAGAGCUGGCGUCAUUUCUCCGCAUCGCUGCAGCUUCUUCGUCCAUUCGUGUUCGGAGCGAUCUUCAGGUUUCUUCGACGUAGUUGUUUUGCCCCACAACUGCCCCAGAUCCGAUAAAAGACUCCGGACGUUUCUUGCCAUGGCAGCGGGUUUUUCGGCUUCAUUACCUGACGCCUGAUGGUUGCCUCCACUCUGUUGUGCAGAUAUUUGAACCUACAUCAUGAAGUGUAUUGUUUGGUAUUCAUGAUUGUCAACAGCGUUUGAUUUUUUUGAAAUACACCUAGACCAUCUGAAGUGCUCAUAAUAGUCGCCCAGUGAAAUUACCGUCAGAAAUAUCUUCUCGUGUGCUAAGCAGAGCUACUUUGCAACACACAACUAGUCAGGAUAUGACUGUAAAAAACUGUUGGUAUUAGCACUUUCUGACUCGCCCCUCGGUAACAUAGGAGGGAUGUUCAACGGAAGUGUACAUUCCCUGCCGCCACCAUGGCCUAUCUAUAGCUUUCACCGGCAGCUGCAUAGAAACCAAUAACUUAUUGGAUUGGGAAUAUUCCCGAUCAUGAUUGAUAGCACCACGGGUAGGUGAUCCAGCGUCAGAUUGCUGGACUGUUAUCACACCAAGUGCACGAUCCCUGAUGAGAAGAGCACGUGAAUAUUCAUAGGUAUGCGGUAGCAUGGCGACUGCAUCCUAUAAAUACUGCAGCCCCUUGUUCAUGAAGCAUCCGUAUCUGCUUUUGCCUCUGAGGAUGAUUUCGAGCGCAGGAAUCCGAAAGGUCAGGCGAAUAUAGCUCUUGCCCCAGCGAUCGUGUCUGCUUCUUCAAGACUGCUUUCUGGGACUCGUCUCUCCGCUUUUAGUGGGUCUGCGGAUUGCCCAACCAUUAUAGAGCCCGGAUCCGAAUCUCAAGUUCGGGCGGUGGUAUGGCUGACUGACGACGGCUAAUAGUCCAGAAAUGCCCAUUCUAAUCUCUGUAGUCUUAGACGGUACUCCUUCCUUCAUACUUGUUUCCUCUAAGGACCUGCUGUAAUUUCCGCGAAAUUGCGAACCCAGCACAACUUGUACUUUCUGUUUCAGAGUUCAGAGAAUCACGACACGGGGCUUCGAGAUAAUUGUCUGUUUGGGUCUGACAAGUCCAACACCCCUAUUUACGCCUGACUCAGCCACAUCUCUCCAUUUUCAAGUUGGUCUCACGACGAUGACAACGAUCCGGACGUCGCGGUUAUGGGGGACGAGGUAAUUUCGGAGUUAUUUGAGACUUUGUCGGCGACAGGAGGCUUUCCCAUUCGGCCUGGUCCGCCAGACCAAGCGGAAGUACUCAAGGAAGGCGCAAGUUUUCAACUAUAUCUGCCAUCAUCAGAUUGGCGGCUUUUGGAGGCGAAGUUUCGGAGUAAAUUAUAUCCACUCAAAUGUCUAUCCUCCAUCAAGUCGGGUGCACAGACCACAGUCUUUUCUAGAAAUAACAGAAUUGUCUGCGCAAAAUUUAUGCGAUUCUGUCCUCUAGAAGCAUCCUGCCAUUAAAGGGAAGGGGAAGUUUCUUAGCAAGUGAACUUGUCGGUACGGUAUCCUGGCUUCCCCCGGAUCCACUUUCAGACCACGUCUGUAGGCGACCACUAUGCGAUCAGUGUCAACUUUGCUUCAUCAUGUGAAGGUUCAAUGUCCCAAAUUUGUCAUCAUGUUCAGGGACCGAAGACGUGAGUUCCAGAAAGCAGUCGCAAAGAGGGAGAUACGAUCGCUGGAACAAGUACUUUAUUAGCCUGACGUUUCGACUUAUCACUCGAAUUCAUCAUCAGCGAUAGAGUCGGAUAUGGGAAGUUGAUUGGCCAGGUGUUACAAUAAGAUGUAGUUGCUAGGUUACUACAUGUCUAAUACAGUUGGCAGCUCCCGAGUGCAUCACAGCUCGAUUAGUCAGGUGUUGAAGUAUGCAGGUGGCAUGCAGCUGCUAUGUGUCUUUAUCAAUUUUAAAAUUGUCGGCUUUCACGCUCAUCGCAUGCAGUGGAGUUGAUGACUGCCGGAUUUCGUCAUCCGUGUAGACACUUUGACGAUUUUGCUCGCGGAACAGUGGUCAUCCGCACACUCUCCUCACGGCUAACUACUUUGCUUAGGCAAAUUCUCAGCGCCGAAUAUGGAACGGGGAGGUCGUUUCGCUUGUUGACUGAUUGAAUGAGGACCGGAAGCCCAUGACUGGAGCAGUUAGCGGCUUACGCGGUUGUCAGCUCUAGCAAGAAUUUUUGUUUCGUCAAACUUCAAUGCGUGGUCGAGUCCCGUCGAAUGAGCCCAGACUUGGGAGCUAGCAUCAUUCCUUCUCACUGUUGCUACGUGCUCAGCCAACCGCGCCUGAAGUAACCCAUUCCGUUUCUCCGACAUAAUAGCUUUGCCCACUGCUGCAGCAGACUUUAUAAUUGAUCCCAGAUGUUUCCGGCCGUGACAGUAGGUCUUUCCGCCUCAUGAUCUGGCGCUUUAUGGUUGCCUCUGGUCUGUGUGCAACUCCAAUUCCGUGAGUCAUAAGGGGACGGCUGACGGCUUCCGAGACAUUCUUCACGUACGCGACAGCUCGCCAAAAUUUGGGUUCGGUCAGACUUUGUCUCUCGUCUCCUUUGCGCAGGCACUGGUUAAAGAAGUAGCGCAGGUAGACAUUUGCUUUAAGCACCCAUCGAAGGUUUUUGAAUUCAGCAACUUUGUCUUCCGGUGCACUACCAUGUGUCUCCACAAGCUCAUAUAGCACCCUUACGCAACUGUGUUUGUGACCGAUUGGGGGAUUGCUGUUGUAGAUCAGUACUUGCGUUGUGUUUGUCGCUUUCCUGAAUACUUUGGUUUUUAGGUCACCACAAUCUUUGCGGCAGGCAGAAACACCAAGAAAGGCCAGCUGGUUGUUUGCCUCCUCAUCCUUCUCCUCCUCCUCUUCCUCUUCCUCCUCCUCCUCCUCCUCUUCCUCCUCCUCCUCCUCCCCCUCCUCCUCCGCCUCCUACUUCUUGCUUCUUCUCUUCCAGGGACGGGGAUACGGAAGUUUUUCGACUCCACUACAAUCUUGUAUUGGCAGAGGGUUUGGAGCCGAAUCGAAUCUAAAGUCUGGUGGUUUUAUUGACGAUGUCAGGAACAUCAGAUUUUGA